CAAUGUCCUCAGCAUCUCCGCCUCCAGAUUUACAACAUGAAGCACCCAAAGAGAAAGAUUAUCGAGUUCCAGGCCUGCGAAGCGUCCGGACCACCACCUUGUUCCGUGCUGUGAACCCAGAACUUUUCAUUAAACCUAACAAACCAGUUAUGGCUUUUGGGCUUAUAACUAUUACACUUUGCGUAGCCUACAUUGGGUACUUGCACGCACAGCAAGAGAAUAAAAAGGUAAUUUAUGAAGCUAUUGACAGUGAGGGAAACAGAUAUACAAGGCAGAAGACUUCAAAAUGGGACUAAACAAGUUGACACAAUGGUGUGUAUGA